CUGUAGUAGCUGGUGUAAUAGCUGUGGGUCUGGGCCUGCUGGUAGAGAAGUUGGGCAGCAUCUACAACGUAUCUAACAGCAUCUUAUCUGCCGUUGCCGGUCCUUUUGCUGGCAUCUUCUUUACGGGAAUUUGUGCACCAUGGGUUAACGCCAAGGGCAGCAUGGUGGGCUUCCUCCUGGCAUUCUUCUUCAACGUUUGGGUAGUUGUUGGGAAGUUUGUGCGUGGUGGUGGGAAGGUUCCACGCCUGCCACUCUCAACCAAAGGCUGCCCCGGCAACCUCGCCAAUGCCACAUUAUGCAGCUUACUCACCAACACUACCGAGGUUCUGCCAUUCAACACUCCAGUGACUGAUGCUGUAUUGUUCAACACCACAGAGAUUAAUGUUGGGUUGUGCAACACCACAUUGGCUGAUGCUGUAAUGUCCAACACCACCAUGACUGCUCUGUUGUCCAACUCCACCAUUGUCCAAGAGUCAGUACCAACAAACCACCUUACUCUUUUUUUCUGUCCUGCUAACAUUACACUCAUUACCACAAGGAGUGGAGAACAACAACUCAGAGACACACUUGUCUUUCUGCUCUCCAGGUAACUGCCCAUCACACGAGC